AUGGCUCCCGGACCGGCGGAGAAGCCUACACCCUCGAAGGAGGAGAACAGGCGGAAGGCCAUGGCCGGCGUGCAGGCCAUCUUUGACCGCUACAAGCUCGUCCAGGCCGGCGCCGGCCCGGCCUUCGACAACGCGACCAUGGGCGACUGCGUCGUGCUGGACGCGUCCAUCGGGCCGCCCCACGACGGUGAUGUCCCACGGGUCGGCGGGAGAUCGACGCCAGACGCGGGUAUCAGGGCGUCGUGCACGACCAGGUUGCUCAUCGGCGCCGAGCUGAGCAACUACAACGGCGUCAUGCACGGCGGCGCGGCGGGGGUCAUCUUCGACAUGCUCACCACCAUCGCUCUGGGGCCGGUUGCGCGGCCUGGGUUUUGGACGUUCCUGGGUGGCGUGACGCGCACGCUGAAUAUCAGCUACCUGAAGGCUGUGCCUGUUGGCACAACCAUCAUAGUACACGCCUAUGUCUACCAGGUGGGCAGGCAGACGGCGUACAUCAAGGGCUGGAUGACGAGUGAGGACGGAAGGACGACAUAUGCCGUCUGCGACCACCACAAGAUCCACGUGCCCACGCCUGCGGAGCAUAUGGCGUUCAGGGUGCCGUGGGACGAGCAGUGGGACAACGAGGGGAAGGAGAAGGCGAAGACGGCGUCGAAGUUGUGA